AUGAUUACAACCUUACAAAUUACCCCCCUCGAGCAUUCGUCGGGAAUUGGUGCCCGUGUCACUCUUCCAUCAUACACGUCUGAUCCUUCCAAGUUGAACGAAAAAGACUUUACCACCUUGUCUGAGGCCCUCCACCGGCAUUUGGUGGUGGUUAUUCCUGGCCAAAAAAAUUUGCAGCCUUCUUCCCAGUACCACUUGACCGCAAGAUUUGAUCCAUCUGUGACCAUUGACGGCGCUACUAGCGCAAAUUACGGUCACGGGAAGGAAUUCAGACAUGAAAAGUCGGUGUUGAAAAAGGAUGGCAAGUCUGUACCUCAUCAACCCCAGGUGCAGAUCCUAGGACAGGGCAGUUUUGAGAACCACGAAGGCUUGGAAUCCGUGGACUUAACCCAUCCAGUCCACUCCAGUUUCCACAAAGACGUCUUAUCUGAAGAAAGAGUGGCGGCCGGUGAGACAAGAUUUUACAGGUGGCACAUUGAUUCGGCGUUGUACGGCUUGUCCCCACCCCUCUGUACUACGCUUUUGGGAAUCCAUGUUCCGAAGCACACCACCAAACAGCGCAUUUUGUACGAAGACACCGGGGAAGAAUUGGAGGUGGUUCAGGGUGCCACUGCUUUUGCUUCAGGUGCUACCGCUUUCAAGCUUCUUUCCUCAGAAGACCAGAAGCUUGCCUUGGGGACCACCGUGAUCUAUGCUCCACAUCCGUACAUUUUCAUUUCCCCCGCUAGUGCAACCUCCGAUGGGUUGACCAUGGUCUCUGAGGACAAAGAGUGCUCAAUGGAGGAGCUUCCUCCGUGGGAAGAAUCUAAGGUAAAGAAAUUGCCUCUUGUGUGGACAAACCUAGUCACCGGUGAACACCAUUUACAGGCCCAUGGUUGCUGUGUGUGGAAACUCCAGAGAGAUGACGGUACGGUUUUGGAAUUACUGGCAGCGAGGGAAGAGUUGCACCGGUUGAUGAGGCCCGCUAUCUCGCCUAGUAAGAUCUAUACCCACGCUUGGGAAGAAGGCGACUUGGCAAUCUUUUUCAACCGAGGCGUGUGGCACUCAGUCACCGGCCAAUUUAGCGAGGGCGAAAGAAGGUUAAUGCACCAAUGCAACAUCGCUUCCGGGAGUGACCCUUCCUGCUUGAAGAUUUAG